AUGUCUGGAGGCUCCUUCAUUGGGGCGUUGAUCUCGGGGUUCGUGACUGAUAUGUUUGGCCGAAAAUUGGCCAUCCAAAUGGGAUCUGUCAUUUGGCUUAUCGGAAGUUCCCUCUGUUGUGCCUCUCAGAACAUUGCUAUGUUAGUCAUUGGUCGAUUUCUCAAUGGCCUGUGUGUCGGAAUCUGUUCAGCGCAAGUCCCUGUGUAUGUUGGGGAGCUCGCCCCUCCUCAUUUAAGGGGUUUAGUGAUGGGUGCUCAGCAAUGGGCCAUCACAUGGGGUCUUUUGAUCAUGUUCUUCGUCUCCUAUGGCUCUUCUUUCCUCGCAGGUCCUGCAGCUUUCCGACUGCCUUGGGGCUUUCAGAUGAUUCCCGCACUUAUUCUCCUUUUAGGGUUGUCGUUUACGCCCGAGUCUCCGCGGUGGCUGGCAAAGAAAGGUCGCUGGCAAAGAAAGGUCGCUGGGACGAAUGCUGUCACAUUAUCUCUUCGAUUCAUGUCAACAACAACCUCGAUGACGAAUUCAUCCAGAUGGAGAUCCAACAGCUCAAAGAUGCCUGCGAAUCGGAGCGCAGCAAGACCGACAACACGUACUUUGAUCUCUUCCGGCCGCACAGUGAUUGCCUGCUCCUAUCUUAUUGUGGCCUCUUUCGCACCCACCUGGGGUCCUAUUGAGUGGCCAGCAAUUGGGUUUUUAAUUUCUGCUCUGAGCUACUUCGUCCCGUCCGCGUUCGUCAGCAUCUAUUGGAAGACGUACCUUAUUUUUGCCGUGUUCGCGUUCGCCAUGACUCUUCACGUUUUCUUGGUUUUCCCUGAGACGUCAGGCAAGAGCCUGGAAGAAGUUGAAGAUGCAUUCAAGGGCGUGACACUGGCAUGGAGGAUGGGGACAGAUAAACUUCAGGAUGAAGAGAGAACGCUCGGUCACUCUGAACACGCAAAACAUGACGAAGUUGUGCACGUUGAGGAUAUGCCGGUAUCAACGUAG